CCCACGAGGCGGCCGUGAGCGACGGGCUCUGCGGCCGGGCCGGCCCCGCACCUCCCCGCGGCCAUGGGGGCGCUCGGCCUGGCCGUGCUGCGCCUCUCGCUGCUCGCCGCCGCCGCGCAGGCCGCCGCCCAGGUGUUUGGCGACAUGGACCAAGUGCGGAUGACGUCCGAGGGCUCCGACUGCCGCUGCAAGUGCAUCCUGCGGCCUCUCAGCAAGGAUGCCUGCAGCCGCAUCAAGGAUGGCAGCAUGCGGGUGGAGGAUUUCUACACGGUGGAGACAGUGAGCUCGGGGGCCGACUGCAAGUGCUCCUGCACGGCCCCGCCCUCCUCGCUCAACCCCUGCGAGAACGAGUGGAAGAUGGAGAAGCUGAAGAAGCAGGCGCCGGAGCUCUUCAAGCUGCAGUCCAUGGUUGACCUGCUGGAGGGAACGCUGUACAGCAUGGAUUUGAUGAAGGUCCAUUCAUACAUCAACAAAGUAGUCUCCCAGAUGAAUACUCUAGAGGAGACCAUCAAGACCAACCUGAGCAGGGAGAAUGACUUCAUGAAGGAGAGCGUCGUGCACCUGGCCAACCAGAUGAAGCGCUAUGAGAACUACUCCGACAUCAUGGUCAGCAUCAAGAAAGAGAUCUCCAACCUGGGCUACCAGCUGCUGCAGAAGGAUGCUGCUGCCGUCCCCGAGAGCAAGGCCCAGGACACGGCCAGGGGCAAAGGCAAGGAGGCGAGCAAGUAUCCCAGCGCCCGCAAGAGCCUGGGGGACAAGGCAGCUGUGAGAGCCCCCAAGGAGAAGCAGCCGAAAACGGAGAAGCCCAAGAAGGAGGUUCUGAGGGUCAGACUGGGCGCAUCGCAGCCCACCCCCAAGCCCAAGCCCUCUGUCCACCAGCAGACAGUGAUCCGGGGCAUCACCUACUAUAAGGCUGCCAAGCAGGAGGAGGCCGAGGGCCUGGUCAGCAACCGAGAAAGCCCCGGGAAGGGGAGCCCCCGGAUGGACCGACCGGAGGAGAGGAACCCCGAGUCCUAUGCUGCUGCAGAGGCCCAGGGGAGAGUUGGCGAGCAGGCAGAGACCACCACCGCCCAGCCCCCCAGCACCACCCGGAGCCCCAGCACCACUACCCGGAGCCCACCGGUCACUGUCCUCUCCAUGGGGGACAAUGCUGAAGGCACCGAGGGGCUGGAAGCCACUAACCAAGUGAAAGAAGUGCAGUGUGAGGGCACCAUCGAGUCUGUGGAGCCCCCCGUGAAGCACCACAGCUACGGGCGUAACGAGGGGGCGUGGAUGAAGGACCCCGCGGCCAGAGACGACAGGAUCUACGUCACCAAUUACUACUAUGGCAACAACCUGGUGGAGUUCAGGAGCCUCGACAACUUUAAGCAAGGUCGUUGGAGCAACCUGUACAAGCUCCCUUACAACUGGAUCGGGACCGGCCACGUGGUCUACCAGGGGGCGUUUUACUACAACCGCGCCUUCACCAAGAACAUCAUCAAGUACGACCUGAAGCAGCGCUUCGUGGCUGCCUGGGCCCUGCUUCAUGACGUGAUGUACGAGGACACCACACCCUGGAAGUGGAGGGGCCACUCGGACAUCGACUUCGCAGUGGACGAGAGCGGACUGUGGGUCAUUUACCCCUCAGUGGACUAUGACUACUCCCAGCUGGAGGUGAUCGUCCUGAGCAAGCUGGACCCCAGCGACCUCUCCGUGAAGAAGGAAACCACCUGGAAGACGAGCCUCAAGCGCAAUUCCUAUGGGAACUGCUUCAUCGUCUGUGGCAUCCUGUAUGCCGUGGAUGUGUACAACCAGAAGGAUGGGCAGAUCUCCUAUGCCUACGACACCCACACGGACACUGAGGCCAACCUCAAGCUGCCCUUCCUCAACGAGUACUCCUUCACCACGCAGAUCGACUACAACCCCAAGGAGAAGGUCCUCUAUGCCUGGGACAACGGCCACCAAGUGACCUACAGGCUGCACUUUGUGGUCUGAGCAGCGGGCCGUGUGUCUCGGCAUAUGUUGGUCCUACCCCAUCGAGCACUUCUAGCUGUGUGUCCAGGGGCAAGGCGCCUCCGUGUGCCUCACACCUCUUCUGUACUUGGGCUGCAAACAAAUCCACACACUCACCCACCCACUGCCACGGACCUUUGACAGCCUUUGCGAGUCAGUCGUUGCCGGAAAACAGGCAAACUGGCCUGGUGCAGCCAGGCCUUGGCCAGGAUCAGUGCCUUGCAGGAGAAGACCUCGGUGCUGCCCCAGCACUGGAUCCAAAGAGCUCUCCAACCAGCCAAAUCUCAUUCCCCUCCUACAAUCAGCCUUAGCCAUUCUCCCUGGAUCCUCCAGAGCCAGGUGGUAGCUGGGGGAAGGUGUCACCAGGGGCUGGGAACUUUGCUGGCAACUGGGUGCCAGUGCAUUUCCAGGCUGGUCCACAUAAGGCAAGGUCUUAUUUAAAUGAUCAGCCAUCCGGCCGCUGAUCUAUACUCUGCAUUGGCUCCUGUAAAUAGUGACCCCGUGUAUUCCUGUACGAAGCUGUAGCUUGUGGUGCCGAUUGCCAGAUUUUGGAGCGUUGUUGCUCCCUUCUCCACAUCUGUCCACUCCCCCAGCCAGUGUGGGGUGAGCAGAGCUCUCAUUGCAUGUAAAUCUGGAAGGGACUGAGCUAUCUCUGAGUGCCCAGCGGGGGGAGGGGUUUGCUCUGGCUCUGCACUGCAGCUGUAACCCCAGAGGGUUGAACAUCUUGGGUUGCUAGCAGGAGUUAGGAUCCUUUUCCGGUAUUCCCCUUUCUGCUGCCAGUUGCUUUGUUACAUUCACAGGGUGAGCAGCACCUGCUGCAGCCCUCCAAGCAGAAAUGCAGGCGCCGUGUCUCAGAGUGGCUUGGUGACAUGGGCAUCCUGCCCCAUGCCCAGAGCACUUGCCAUGGAGCCUGCAUGGUGCCCACUCUGCCCAGAGCCUGCCACAUUCAAGGUAUUUCAUGUGCAUAAAAUUUGCAACAUCAGCAUUCUUUGUAGCAGGACAUCCCCUGGGGUCCCACUGUUUCCCUUCCCCUUACAGGGUCUAAGUCGUGGUUACCUUCUCUCAAUCCUGUCUGAGAAUGGCUAGAUAUAUGGUCCACUCCAGAGCCCAGCAACAGCUGGUGGUCAGCCCCUGGUGACAUGGCUGCCUGCAGUAGAGAACCCAAAGGGGAAUGAAAGACACAGCAGAUAAUUAGAUGAAUUCGGCUACUGGAGCAGAAGAAUCUCUCAAAGCUAGAGACUAGCCCAAACCAGCUGUCCAGCACGUCACCCAGCGAGCAGACUGGCAGCACCCCCAACCAAUUACAUUUCCUAGAAGCAUUCCAUCCUCAGACCUAGCUGUCACGGGCCCAGGGCAGAGCCUUUGCGGACGUUGGGUAAGAGCUGGCUUUGCCAACCUGGCCUUUCAGGGUCUUGCAUACAGCACUGUGCUCCCUGCCCCCUCUGCCGGAGCCCACACCGAGUGCCCCUCCGCAGCAGCAGCACCACCGCGCACUCCCCGGGGACAGUGGUCGAGAGAAUAUUUUGCGUCUGUGUAGCUGCCUCGUAACACAACUCAGCAAGACGGAGGGAGCAGCCCCACAUGCCCAUCCAGUUCCCCAUGGCCCCGGCAAGCGGUGUGCGCUUUGGGCCACCCGUGUGAUCCCCCGUGGCUGGGUGUCCAUGGGAUGAGCUUGGUACUGAUGUGCCCUCCCCCACCGCAAACUGCACUCAGCAGACAUUGCUACUGUGUGCGGCAGCCAUGUGCAGGCACGAGUGGCUGGCCCACUCUGUGCCAUAAGCCAGGAGGCCAGCGCAGCCCGAGCCCCAGGUCCGUCAGCUAUUGCCCAGGCCUAGGCUCACCAGCAGGGUCCAGACAGACUUUCGACUUCUGCGUCAGGUGCUACAUUUUAGUUCUAGCUCGUGGGAAGGUUGUAAAGCCAAAGCUGGCAGAGGCAAGAAGGGCAGACAUUGGCACUGACUCCCACCCCCUAAAACAGUCCUGGCCUCUGGCACAGAUGGCUUUGAUCUUGCCUGGGGUUGGCCUGGUACUAACACAGAGGUUUGCACAGAAAUGCCUUUCCCGAGGGGAAGGGUCACGGUGCUUCCCAGCAUGGAACACAGGCUGUUUUUCUUUGCUGGCCAUUGCAAAGAGCAGAGUGUGGUUUGUAUCGCUCUGCUCUCCCUGGCACAGGUCUGAGUUCACAGCCUGUGCCUGAUACUCCAGCUGAGGGGAGUGGGAGCAGCGCCAGGCACUCAGACAAUCUCCGAGGGUUUUGCCCGAGCCUUCCCCCAUCACUGGUCGUCCCCAGGACAUCUGGGUGGGGGAGGUGCUGCCAGGUCGCCUCAUCCCACUGCUGGAGUCAGUCAGCAGCAGAGUCUCCGGCAGCUCUUGUCAGCCGCAAGCUUUCCCCGGAUGUCCCAGGAAAGCGGAAAGGUGGAGGCUGGGAAGAGAGCAGUGCCGGGGAAGGCCGUGAGGAGGAAGUGGGGGGUCAGGGGUGCUGGUUGCAUGGGGAGGCAGCUCAGAGCUGAGGGCUGCGAUCACAGAGGCAAGUGACCUCCACCAUUCCAGGGUGGGCGGCUCCCCUUCCAGUGCCCCCUUGCACCUCUUCCAGCCCAGGCUGCCCCUGGAGUCCCACAGCAAGCGCAUUAGCACCGUCGUCAAAAUGCAUUUCCUUUAAUGUCAUAGCGGCCCAGGCGUACAAGUGCCCUAAUAUGCCACUUGCGGGUGCUGCUGUACUGCAGAUCAGCCUUACUCGGCUGCCCCAAGGGCAGGGGUUUGAGCGCGCUCUGGCAAGAGGGGUUUAUUUGGGUUACUUCAUCCUGGCAUAAGCAGCAACCACCUACUGCUAGUUUAGAAGAUGUGCUCAAGCUGUCUCUGCUUUCUGCAGCUCCGUAGCUUACCACUGAUGUGCACUCAGGGCAGCUACACUCACCUGGCAAACGAAGGCUCCCCAGUGCUGGCUGUUAACUCCACUUAGAUUAAUGACGCCUGGCAAAGGAACAAGGCUGCAAAUGGCAAGCCGUGUACGUUGGCCAGACAGUGUUUGCUGCAUUCACGGGCUCCCAGCCGCUGAGGGAGGGCUAGAACCAGGGAGUGCUUGGCUUGAUUUCCAGUCAUUCUUAGAAGUGAACAAUAUUAAAAAAAUAACAGGAUAAAAAAACCAA